AAGUGGUGAGGGGAAAAAUCACCAUCUCGCUCGUUUAUACACGAACUUCCCUGUAAAUAGCAUCGUAGUCCAUUUUUCGCGCUCGCGCUCGGGACGAGGUGAUGGAGACCGAGAGCAGCUUGUCUUUCUCUUCGCCUCCCAACAGGAUAACGCCGGACAAUUCACCGGGUUUGGAGCAUAAUUCAAGCUCUUUCUUUCAGUGCGACGACCUCCAAAAGUCUCCUCAUCUAGCUCUUGCGCAUCGGCAUGAGUUUUUUAUGGGACGCUACGCUGACGGCGGCUCCGCGGACUUUACGCACGGCGUCAGCAGCACAACUCCUCGCGCCUCGCCUGGAAAACACACUAAAUAUUUGGAGAAUAUAAACCAGGACCAAAAACCUUCUAUUACAGAGAAGAACUCGUCAUUUUAUGAGACUAAUUCCGAUGCAGGAGAUAAAACCCUCUCCAAGCCUCUUGGCUAUCCCGCUCUGGACUCAGAGUGUUGUGGAAAACUGAAAGAGGCGUCCAACGGCUUGACUGGGGACUCCAUUGCGGACUCUAUUGACCUAUCAGGCAAAAACAAGAAGAGGCGAAACCGGACGACUUUCAGCACCUUUCAACUGGAGGAGCUGGAAAAGGUCUUUCAGAAGACACAUUAUCCAGAUGUGUACGCAAGAGAACAGCUGGCACUGAGGACAGAGCUCACUGAGGCCAGAGUUCAGGUGUGGUUCCAAAACCGACGAGCCAAAUGGCGGAAAAGAGAGCGCUACGGAAAGAUGCAAGAGGUGCGAAACCACUUUGCUGCUACAUACGAUAUCUCCCUACUCCCUCGCUCCGACACAUACCAGAUGCAGAACAGUUUAUGGCCGAGCGGUGCAGGAGCCACAGGCGCCGGCGGAGCAUCCAGUGCUUGUGUGCUGGGCACAGAGAACAUGCCCUCAUCCUGUAUGUCCCCUUACCCUCAUCCUCAUGGAAACUUACCUGGACUGAUGGGCAUGUCUGCAUCUCCUGGUCAUCAUCAUCACCACCACCAUCAUCACCAUCACCCGUCGCACCACCCCAGCAUUAAUGGUAUAUACUCGCUCCAUGGCUUCCCAGGAUCCCUUGGGGCCCACACUUUCGAGGCUGGUCCCGAGUCUGAAUAUAAGCCCUCAGGCCUGGUGGCCCUGCGCAUGAAAACCAAAGACCCCGGAAGCCUGUUAUCCUGGCCAACAUGACCGGACGAAUGCCACGAUUUCACUGAGCCAACAAAAGCUUAGCAUGUGUGCACAUACCGCCAUGCUAGUGUUAAGGGCCGUUCACUGCAAGAACGAUAACAAUAAAUAUAACGAUAACCAUGUUUGUGUUUACACUAGUAACCAUAAUGAUCUGUUUAUUUGAAGUUUGAGCACUGCAGUUUCAAAGCAAUGGUGUAGCCUCGUAAAGCCUCAAAAAUCUUAUUAUUUUUUUAUCAUUUUGCUAAAUCUGGGAUAUUGUUCUUUACUUAUGAGAUUUACAUUAUGAAAGACGCUUGGCCUUACAGCAUGUAUAUUUCGCAAAGAAAACAUGUAGGCUGUAAUAAUGAUAAUAUCAAUUAUUUUGAAUACAAUUUUAAAACACUUCAAAUAUAAAAUGAUAAUAAAAGUAAGUACUACAAUAUUAAAUUGUAAUGAUUACAAAAAAUGUAUUAUAUUUAAAAAUACAUUUAUAAUUUACAAUAUUCAGACUUCUAAGUCGAUUUUGUAACAUUAGUGGUAAGUGUUUUUUUGCACUAUAAUCUGAAUAAUAAUUUAAUUAAUUUAAAAUAAUAAUUUAAUAAUAAUAAAUGUGGCACACUUGGAGUGGAUUUUUUUGGCUAUGCUAAUGUUUCAAAGUAAAUUGAAAUUUAUGUCUGUAAUUGACUGAUGCUUUACGUUUUGCAUAGAAACUAAGGAGAAAAAAAACAGACAUUGAAAAACAUGGACCUCCUGAAAACGAUUAUUAUCGAAUACGAUUUUAACCCCACGCCCUCAUUAAAUACAUACGAAUUAGCAACUUAAUUAAAAAGUUACAAAUUGCCAUGAGAAUGAAAUAUCAUGUUUUUACCCUUCCAGCGGAUGUCUUAAGAAGCUGCAUUUCUAAAUUGUCUGAACAGAAAUAAUAAUAAUAAUACCAAUAAUGAAAUAAAAACAACACAAAUAUAUUCUUUCAAAGGAAGCAAUACAAAGAUAUCAAAACUUCCACUGUAUAAAAGAAGUACUUCUAUGUUUUAUACCAGCCUGAUCUCACGAGAAAAUGUAAGUAUUUUACAUUUUGUCAGUUUAGUGGCUAUUUCAUACGAAUUCGUAUGAGUUCAGUUGUAUGAAAAUGUACGAUUUUAAAAGGAGGCAUGGAACCCAACCUGCCCCUAAACCCAACCUUCAUUGGGUGAUGAGCAAUUGUACCAUAUUGUAUGAAUGAAAUUGUACGAUUUGAUAGGAAUUAGCCACUAAAUAAAAAAGUCUCAAAUUGCCGUGCGAUUAUUUAUACUACAAUUUGUACAUGUUCUUCUGAAGGUAACCAAUUGUUAUUUAUAUUCAUUUUCUUAAAUGGUUAAUUAACCCCAAAAUGAAUCCCCCUGAGACCUUUGUUCAUCUUUAGAAGACAAAAUAAGUUUUUUUGAUGAAAUCCGAGAGCUCUCUCAUCCUCCAUAUACAACAACAGUCCUGAGACAUACAAAGUCCAGAAAAGGAUCCAAAAACACAUCAAAACAUUCCAUUUGACUCCAGUGGUUCAACUGUGAUCAUAUGAAGCGCCAAGAACCCUUUUGUGUGGCAAAAUAAGCUGUAAAAACAACUUUGCUUGCCAAUGUCCUCCAUAUCAGAUCAGGCUGCAUCUACUACAGGCAAUAUAAUGCUUGUGUGUUGUGCUGCUGAUUCUAAUGGGAAUACGUCACUUCCUGUAAAUGUUCACACUGACAAGCAAUAUUUUGACAAAGUUUUUGGUUCCUUUUCUAGACAUUGAAUGAGUCAGAAAUGUUACAGUCUUUGGAAGAUGAUGCAGCUCUCAGAUUUAUUCUAAAAUAUCUUAAUUCCUGUUCCGAACACUCAACACUCAACCGAACACUUAUUAAAACUGAGCUGAUACAACAAAAUUCUUGAUGUUUUUUUUGGGAGGGACAACUUAAUUGUUUUAUAUUCAAUCCACUUAGUCUCUAAUAGAAAACUAAAUCAGUUUUGUUGGGUCAACAUGAAUGAAUUGUGUGGAAAGCUGCAUUUUUUACAGUGAAGAUAAACAAGGGGAUUGGAAUGACAAGAGGGUAAAUAUAAUAACAGAAUUUAACAUUUUUGAGUGAACUAACCCUUUAAACAUCAAGCAGUAAUCUUCUCCUCAGCUCUGCUGAUUUAAAUGUUUGAGCUCUCUUUAUUUCUUUUUUCUACAUGGUUAUCGUUAUAGUGAACUCUGAACCCAAUCUUGAUUGUUAUUAUUAUAGUUAUUGUUCUUGGCGUGAACGGUCCUUUAUUCACAACUGAAAGACACUUUUUAAAAAUUCAAUGUAACAUUAAUUUUUUACAGGCUUCACAUGUUUAAGAUACAGCGUGCCUCGUGCCUGGAUUUUUUUGUGUUGAUCUGUUUGGAAGCAUCUCAGUUAAGUUUGUUGAAUCUCUUUGAGCCAUAUCCCCUUGUUAAAUUGUGUUCUAUGGAAACAUGUUUCAGGGCCCAAACAUCCACUCAUCUGAUUGACAAAACUCUUUCAAUGGACCACUGUUUAGUCAUAUCACACAUUAAAGCAAAUAUUUUGCUAAAUAUUGGUGUUCGCUUGUCAUCGUGUUCUAGUCAUCCUAGACACCAAUGGUUUUGCCUUUUAUAAAAGAUGAAUCACUGUCUGACCAUCUGAGAUUAGACAGGUAUAUCACUGUGAUCACAGCAAACUUUAAUCACAUAUAAGUAAUAUCUGUUGUUUGCUUUGGCAUCUGAUAGAAUGUUUGGACCCAAAAACGAUGACGUGACCUCAGACUGAAGCGGAUGGGCUUUGCACACAACUUGCGUUAAUGCCAAUUUUAUUUUUACAAAAAAAAUGUAAAUGUUAAUUACCAAAGAGGAUGUGCAACUUGUUUAUUUAAGGAUUUUAAUGUAAUCUCAUAGUUUCAAUGUAUGCUGUGUUUUAGCCCCAUUUUGUGUGUAUAUUUAGCCCAGUCAAUAAAUGAUUUUACAUUCCCCAACUCUGUGCACUCAGGUGACUAAAGACAUCAAAUUCCUUUGUGCUUCUGGUAAACAACGGCACGGAAGUAAGAAUCUUAGUAAAUAGUAUUCAUAAGUUGUUCUAAUUAGAGAUAUGUUGGUAUCGUACAGUAUACAUUAUAAGCACUUCUGGUAAAAAUUUUGGAAGUUUAAAAUGUUUUCAUGUUUCUAAAAGAAGUAAUUUCUGCUGCAUUUGAUUGUUGAUACAAAACAUUUCAUUACAUUUUCAUUUUCAUUAAA